GAGCAGUUUCUUGCCCACCGCUUCAAGUGGUUGAAGAAGCUGCCGCACCCCAGAUCCAGGACGGUAAUGGUCGAAGGCAUUCCCAGGAAUUCUUGCUCCGAGCAGAAGGUCCGUGAGUUCUUUGCGGCUGCGCUGUCUUCGGAUGUCAUUGAGGAAGUCCAUGUUGUCAAGCAGACCAAGACGCUCGAAAAGUUGGUUGAUGCCAGGCGAGGCCUUUUCGAUCUCAAGCAGCAGGCAGAGUUCAAGCUCGAGAAGGAUGGUGUCCGGCCCGAACACUUGUAUGUGGAAGUUGGGAAGGUUCCCCACAAGGUCGACAGCAUUAACCACUACACGGAGCAGGUUGCCAAGCUUGAGACGGACAUCACAGAGGAGUACCAUCGCAUCACAAAGGAGUCGACGGAGGUGGGUGAGAUGAACUGUUCCAACGCCUUUGUCACCUUCACUGAUCGCAAGCAUGUCGAGAUGGCCAAGGAGCUCGAUUUCUCACCGGAUGAGGAUGAGUGGGUUGUCACGGAGCCGCCAGACGUGACCAUGGUACGAUGGGGCGAGUUGCGGACGGACCAGGACAUUCAAACGGCUUCAGAGCUCGUGGGCUAUGCGGCUGUUUUCGGCUUGUACGCUGCAUUCAUGCCGAUUUGCGUGGGGGUCACCAAUCUGGCUAACAGCAUCAAUCUUGGGCCGCUGUGGGCGUCCCUGGCUCCAACGCUGGGCUUGACGAUGUUCUUGUCAUUCCUGCCCACUGUGCUCCUGCUCAUCAUUGACAACUUCUACGCAUUGAGGUGCUCUUCUCGUGCCCAGGAGAAGCUCUUGGUCUGGUACUAUUGGUUCCAGGUGAUUUUCGUCCUCCUGGUCACUGCCAUUGGCAACAACUUCAUCUCAUUCUGUCAGGCACUGGCAGAGAAUCCGCUCGCAUUCCCGGACAUCUUGGCCGCUGAAUUGCCAAAGGCAACUCACUUCUACAUGAACUUCCUCGUGGUGCAGUGGUCCACGCACGUCGUCAAUAUGGUGCGCUACGUUAAUCUGGCGAAGUUCAUUGGCUUCAGCGCUCUGUACCCCGAGGAGGAGGCGAAGAAGAAGUCUGAGCCGGAAGAUCAGGACUACUAUGGCUUUGGAUCCCGCAGCGCGCGCUGGACUAUCAAUCUACUGAUAGGUGUAGUCUUUGGCACGCUGAAUCCCAUGAUUCCGAUCCUGGCCUUGAUCAAUUUUGGCAUUUGCCGCAUCGUGUAUGGCUAUCUCAUCAUUGCUGCGGAAACGAGGAAGCCUGACCUUGGCGGAAAUUUCUGGGUCAAGAACUUGAACCACGUGCUUCAAGGGUCCAUCAUUUACUGUUUGCUGAUGACCGGGGUCCUCCUGGACCGCGCGCCGAAUUUCAUUCCGGGAGCUGUCAGCGUCACGUGCCUCAUCUACCUGUUCCGAUCCUACUGGUACUUCGAGAGGCAUUACCGCUGGCAG